GGACCCAACCGUGGCACCGGAUUCGUGGCAUCAGACCCGUGGCCUCUCAGACGGCAGAAAGAGGUGUCCUCCUCUCCGCUCAGAAGGGUGUUUCCCAAGUGCCCCCUUUGCUCGUUUCUCCACCCGGGCUCCGUGAAAAUCCGUAAUGAGGUUGACAUGGCCAAGCUCUUGCUGAAAUUCCAAAGAUACUUCCGGCGGAAACCCAUCCGUUUCUUCACCUUGAUCGCGCUCUACCUGACGGCUGGCAGUCUGGUCUUCCUCCAUGCCGGCUUCAGCGGGGAGACGAGGGUCCCGGGGGCUGCCCCCAGGCCCAGCAACGGUGCUGCGGAAGGGACCGAAGCCCAGUCGUUGGGGGCGCUGCCACUUGGCAGGGAGUUGAGAGCGAUGCCGGAGUCUCUGGUCUUGGCCCGGAGGUACGGGACUUGGUUCAAGAACCCGCCGAAGGAGGCAGCUGGGCGGAGCAGAGGUGAUUAUGGGGAGACGUGGAGCCGGGUGCUCAAGGGGAAGAGCGCUCUUGAGAAGGAGGAAGAGAGAGCAAAGUACAUCGGCUGUUAUGUCGACAACACCCACCAGAGAGCCCUCCGCGGAGUAUCCUUCUUUGACUACAAAAAAAUGACAUUGUUCCGUUGCCAGGACAACUGCGCCGAACGGGGCUACCUCUUCGCGGGGCUGGAGUUCGGGGCGGAGUGCUACUGUGGGCACAAGAUCCUGGCGGAGAACGUGAGUGACUCCCAGUGCAACAUGGAGUGUAAAGGAGAGAAGAGCAGCUUUUGUGGAGGACCCAACCGCCUGUCUAUCUACCGCCUGGAUCUGGCCCAGGAAUCCACCAGGAGGUAUGGCAGCGCCAUCUUCCGCGGCUGCUUCCGACGGCCAGAAAACCUCUCCUUGGCUUUGUUGGCAAGCAGGCCUAUGAAGAACAUGUCUGUGGACCGGUGUGUUGACUUCUGCACAGGAAAGGUCCAUAAGCCUCCACUCUUCCUGGGUACCAAUGCAGGCUCCGUAGAGGCAUCCUUUGGCCUCUUGGAAUGGCCGGAGUUCGUCAAGAACUACGCUCCGUGGUGGGUGACACAUACCCUCGACUGGUUGAAAUUUGGCAAGAAGGUCUUGGUGGUUCAUUUUGAGGACCUGAAGCAAGAUCUCUUUGUCCAGCUGAAGAGGAUGGUCAGCCUGCUGGGCACCGCCGUCCAUGAGGACCGCUUGCUGUGCGUCGAGGGACAGAAGGACGGAAACUUCAAGCGGUCAGGGCUGAGGAAACUCGAGUAUGACCCUUACACCCCGGAGAUGAAGAAAAUGAUCAACGGCUACAUCAAGACGGUGGACAUGGCUCUGAAGCUCAGGAAUCUCACUGGUGUCCCCAAAGACUACUAUCCCAGAUGAUGGAGAGGAACUGGUCUCCUUGGGAGGUGCGAAUUCCCUUCCUCCUGGCCAGGAACCAUUUCCACCCAGUGGGUGGUGUAGGAGGACUCAUCCUGCCGGGGCUCGCUUUCAAAGCACCCUUUUGCAUGAGCAAAGAUGGCAAAAUUCAUGGUUGAGCGAAGAUGUUCUGGCCAACUUGUCUCCAGAAAAUGAGGUCCAUUGGUGGGAGAUGUUUGCUUCUGCUGCUGCUGCUUCUGCUGCUGCUUCCCCCCCACCUCUCCCCCAGGAGUUUUGUGUUCCUUCCCGCCGAAGUAAGACCUCUCUGCUCUUCCUUAGCUGGUUGCCUUCUCGAACCCAGCAAUUUGGUUAAAAACACCCCACCGUGCGGUCGCCUUCCUGGUUCUGCUGACCCGAGAAGAAUCCUCUGGUUUUUUUUAAUCCUGGACAUUUAGAACCUGGUUUAAUCUCCAAGGCUGGUCAGGGUGGGUCAACUGAUCGAGGCUGAGCUUUGUGCUAGCAAUAUAGUUUCUACAUCUUCCUUCUCAAAGCUGCUGGACUCCAUCUGAACAAUCCUCAGGUUAAAUGCUGCCCAUUAAACCAACAUUUUGUUAAUAUCUCCAUGGCUGCAGCUGUGGGUCUUUUGUGGGGUUCGGCGCCCGUGCUUGGGAGGAUGGCACUAUUUGGGGUGUGAGUUGGUGGAUCUAGUCACAGAUACAACUGCACAUCUGUCUCCCUCCCUAAUCUAUAUUCAUCAUCCAGUUGCAUCUCUAUCUCCUGUUGAAGGU